AGACCCAAGCAAAAUCCAACACCCUCAUCUGUAACCGACUAAACUGAAAAUGGCGCUACAAAUCCACACUCCUUCUUCUUUUCCCGAUAAACCCUAUCUUCCACAAUCGCACUCCUUCCUCCACGUCAAGCCCAGAUUCACCCUCAGAUGCCAAGGGUCCAACGUUGAUUCCGAGCCUACUGCCGAGCCUUCGCCGCCAAAGAAGCCGGCUGCAUCGGGGCAAGGGUUUGGCCCGUUUUCUUCUUCUUCUUCCUCCUCACCUCCGGGGAAGUCUGUGAAGAAGCAGAAGAGCAAGAGAGAGAGGGCAUCGGUAGUAAGACGGUUGCCGGUUGAGAAACCUGCUUUUCUUAGCAAAGAAGAGGAGGCUAAAUUUGAGGAGAAGAGGAGGAACGAGAGUGCUUUUCUUCUUACUUGGUUGGGGCUUGGUGGGAUCAUUCUUGCGGAGGGAAUUGUUCUUGCUGCAUCAGGUUUGCGAAAUUAAUUCUAAAUUGUAUGAUUGAAAUUUCUUGAAUUUUGUUUUGCCGUUUAGUUGCAUAUAGGUGGGUUUCUGGGUAGUUAGGAUUUGAUGCAAAUUAUAUUAGGAUUAAGCAUUGUUAAAUUCUUUAUCUGGAAAUUAAAAACUUUUUAAGGACCAUGGAAAACUGCCUUUUCCAGUUUAUAUCCAUUCAUGAGUUAGGUGAGUUGCCUGGUAAUUUAGUUUAUAUUAGGUAAAUUUCUGUUGGAUUAUUGGAAAGUAGGGAAUUAACCAAAAAAAAAUUGGAGUGAUGUUUUAUAAGAUUAACUUCUGAGACAGCAAGUAUUCUCAUUGUCGCGUCUUAAAAGGAAGGAUGAGGGCAAGAACAGUCCAGUUUAAUGAAAUCUUGAAAAACAUGGCUUCUUAUCAGUUCAUGCCAUUUUUGGGUAGAAGCAUUUGAAUUAAGUGUAUAUGAGUAGUCUUGUUUUGUCUUUGUAGGAUGCCCAUGAGGUGCAUUCAUGGUAGGAUAUUUUGUUGAUUUCUAGAACCUCUUUAAAUGGAAAAUGUGUAAACGUUAAAUACUGAAAAAAAGAUGUGUAAACAUUUUCUGCCAUCUUAAAACUUGGCAGAUUAUCCCUGUGGCAUGACUAACUAUAAAUUUGUUUGAACACAUUAUCCACUUGUCGAGCUCUCACAAUGCACAAGGACCAAGGAGUAUCUUUCUUUCUUUUUUGGUAUGUAGAGACUAGGAAUUGAACCCUAGACAUGUGGCUAAGAGCAUAAGCAACUCUACUACCACACUACAUAGUGCCUUGAGCUAAGUCUUAUCUGAACAGCUUUCUUAGUCAUCCCUUCAUUAGAAGAUGGACCAAUAGUAAACUGAUAUAGUCUUUCCCCCUAUUAUUUGUUCCAAACAGAUUACUCAGAUUUCCUACAUUUCUUAAAACUUGUAAUUAAUUAGUCUUAGUAGG